AUGUCUACCCAUCACCGCAGCCGGGAUCCGUUCCGGAUCCUGAUUAUCAACCCCAAUGUAUCCGAGAAAAUGACCGAGGCUCUGAAACCAGUUCUAGAGCGCUUGGAUUACCACGAUGUCCAUUGGCAGUAUUACACGUCUCCGAAACAAAUCCCCUCCUCUGGCCCCAGCAACCCCGAGAUGCCAAUCGAGAGCAUCAAUAAUGCCGUGGACUCGGCCAAAACGGCAUGGAUUUGCCGAGAGGUUGCCAACGAGAUGGAGAAGUAUGAUGCGUUCCUGGUCGCCUGCUACUCUGCCCACCCGCUAGUAGGCAUCAUUCGGGAGAAGAUCGAGGAGUUUGAGCAGAACAAUCCUACUCAAAAACACCGAUACGUGACCGGCAUCUUCGAAGCUAGUAUCACAACUGCGCUCUCAUUGACCAGUGGGUUCAAUUUAACGACCGUGAUGUAUGAACGGAAACAAGUGGCUGAUUCCUUCGGAAUUGUUACCACUGGUAAUGCUUGGAAAGAGGAGCUUGCCAAUGCUGUCACCGAAAUGCUCGCGGGCGUUGACCAGAAUUAUCCUGCUUGCUUCGCAGGCGUGGAGACCACGGGUCUGUCAGCGAUUGAGCUGCACAAGACUGACCCCGAAGAAGUGACAAAAAGGAUUUGUGAGGCGACAGAGCGACUGCUUAGAAAUUACAAAUCAUUUGUUGGCGCGGUCUGUCUGGGGUGUGCCGGCAUGGCCGGUAUGGAGAAAGCUGUGCGAGAGGGCUGUAUCCUGGCAUAUGGCCAGAAAGACGGCAAUCGGGUCCGCAUAGUUGAUGGAGUCGUUGCAGGAGCGGCACAACUGAAAUCAUCACGAUCCAAGCGGGCCAGUGCGGCAACAACGUUCUGGCAACAGUUGUGCCAGGAGCAUGGCAUCAGCCAAGAUGGAAACCUAGAAGAGUUCGCGACCGAAGGUGGAGAUCGCAAAGAUGUGUUCUUUUAUCAGAGUGAUGACACCCGAUACAUUCCCCGAGCAAUCCUUCUCGAUCUAGAACCUAGGGUUCUCAAUGGCAUCCAAACCGGACCCUACCGCAACAUCUACAAUCCAGAGAACUUUUUUGUCGGACAGGGUGGUAUUGGUGCUGGAAACAACUGGGGUGCAGGAUAUGCAGCAGGAGAGGGGGUGCAGGAAGAGGUUUUUGAUAUGAUCGAUCGAGAGGCGGAUGGCAGUGAUUCACUCGAGGGCUUCAUGCUGCUACACUCCAUUGCUGGAGGAACUGGAUCGGGACUGGGUAGUUUCAUCCUGGAACGUAUGAAUGACCGAUUUCCCAAAAAGCUCAUCCAGACAUAUUCUGUCUUUCCAGACUCACAGGAUGUGGUCGUCAACCCCUAUAACAGUCUUCUUUCUAUGCGGCGAUUGACACAAGAUGCGGACUCAGUGGUUGUCCUGGAUAAUGGUGCUUUAUCAAGAAUCGUUACGGAUCGACUUCAUGUGCAGGAACCUUCAUUCCAUCAGACCAACCAACUUGUGUCGACUGUUAUGUCUGCCUCUACCACCACCCUCAGAUACCCAGGUUACAUGCACAACGAUCUAGCAGGGAUCAUUGCCUCGCUCAUUCCCACACCACGCAGCCACUUUCUGCUUACCUCAUACACCCCCUUCACCGGCGACAAUAUCGAGCAGGCUAAGACAGUGCGCAAGACCACCGUUUUGGAUGUGAUGCGUCGGUUGCUGCAGCCUAAGAACCGCAUGGUCUCAAUCAACCCCAGCAAGUCCAGCUGCUAUAUCAGUAUCCUCAAUAUCAUCCAAGGUGAAGCAGAUCCGACUGAUGUACACAAAUCUCUGCUGCGUAUCCGGGAGCGACGUCUCGCAUCCUUCAUUCCCUGGGGCCCAGCCAGCAUCCAGGUUGCCCUGACUAAGAAAUCGCCGUAUCUGCAGCAUACCCACCGAGUCAGUGGCCUCAUGUUGGCUAACCAUACCUCUGUCGCCACCUUAUUUAAACGCAUCAUCCAGCAAUACGACCGCCUGCGUAAGCGAAAUGCUUUCUUGGAGCAGUACAGGAAGGAGGCACCGUUUGCAGAAGGCUUUGGUGAGUUUGAUGAAGCGCGCGCCGUGGUCAUGGAUCUUGUAGGGGAGUACGAGGCCGCUGAGCGGGAGGACUACCUGGACCCGGAUGCCGGGAAGGAGAAGGAAAUCGGGCCUCGUUGCGAUUUCAAGGAGUGCAAGGAGGCUGCCCAGCGGAUUUUCGGCGACUGCAGCUUCUGUGAAGGCCACUUCUGCUCCAAGCACCGCAUGCUGGAAGCCCAUAUCUGCACUGGAUUGGAAGCCUGCAAGACGGAAGAACACAAUCGCAAUGCCGAGAAGCUGAACAGCGAGCGGACCUGUCCAGUAGUCGUCCCGGGUGUAUGA